UGAGCAAAAUAGCACCAUAGACGGGCUCUGGGUUGCGGUUCGGUUGUUGUCAAUUUUGUUAGCUGAAGCGGGUGUGUGGGAUGCGAUGUGGACCUCACAUUAAGCGCUAUAUUUUUUGUGUCCCAGAUUAUUUUACUACUAUGAAAGUAUAAAAACUUGAACGGUUUCAUUUGUUCAGCUGCUUCGCGACAUGUCCGCAGCGACACUGAGCAACUCUACCAGCAAGCUGAAUGUAUUGGUCAACAGGCUUCAUGAGUACUUGGCUAAUUCCGCUGCUGAGGACAGCAGUGGCACAGCAAACUUGGAGGAUGCUGAUGGUCUGACAAACAGGUGCUGUCCCACCUUAACAGAAGCUGGUGCUGAUAGCAAGUACUCAAGACGAAAACCUUCAGUUGUCAUAAAGCACUCUGGACUGGAUGAAUCUGGGGACUCAAAUGCAAGUGAGGACUUGGAUAUACCAGUUAAUGCAAAUGGUCACCUUGAUCUCACUAGAUUGCCUAAAGGCACUGCAUUGGUCAGGCCUGAACCAGUUGACAGCGGCAGAGAUGAUUUCAGAGGUCCAGAGUUUCGCAGCCGGAAAUCAAGCGUACUGCGGAAAGAAUUUUCAAGAAGACGUGGAGGAGUUGAACACAUUGGAAUCGUGAGUUGCACUGCAUGUGGCCGACAAGUUAACCACUUCCGGAGAGAUUCCUUGUAUCGGCAUCCAGUUCUGAAAGUCCUAAUUUGUAAGUCUUGCUACAACUAUUACUCAAGCGAUGACAUCAGCAAGGAUUGUGAUGGGAUGGAUGAGCAGUGCAGGUGGUGUGCUGAAGGAGGCAACUUGAUCUGCUGCGAUUUCUGUAGCAAUGCUUUUUGCAAAAAGUGCAUUCUAAGAAAUUUGGGAAGGAAAGAACUGUCGGGCAUCUUGGAGAGCAAAUGGUACUGCUAUGUGUGUAGCCCAGAACCCCUUUUUGAUCUGGUCAUGGCUUGUGACAGUGUUCUUGAGAACAUGGAACGUUUGUGGCAACAGCAGCGCAAGAGGAAUCGAGUUGAUCCGGGGAAAUCUGAGCUUUUCCACAUGCUGCCACACUCACCACAAAACAUUUCUCUGGAUAAAUGGGAUCACACCGGUAUGGAUGGUAAUGUGGUGUUCAACUACAGCAUGCUGCAGGUUUCCAAGGAUAUUACCAAAAAGGCCAAACAUUUAGUGGACUCAACAAACACUUUAAACCAAACUUUUGUCAAUUUCAUUCACGCUGUGACACAAAACAAAGAAAGCCCUGGUGUUCGCACUCGGUACCUGAACUCUUUUUUGGAAGUAGUUAAAGGCUUGAGAAAAUCUCUAGCAGCACUGGAAGAUAGCCUUAAGGAAGAAUUCAGUGAUUUGGAUGUGUUGAGCAGUUGGGAAAAACUCCUUAGUGAUGAUUUUGAUGGCCUUGUAACAGAAACAGACUUAGAGCUAGAUAUCUCCCAUGAAAGAUGCUUGAGUGGCUUGCAGAAAUUGGCAGCUGAACAUUUAGAAGAUAAUGAUUCUGACUCUAAGGGCUUUGCAGAUGGGACUCUACAAGACUGCCCUAGGAAGGGCAUGGAUUCAGGUUCUCAUGAAGCCAGAAAGAGAGCACAAAAGAUUGGCCUGAAGUCUUCUGAAAGUGGGGUUGACAUGACUAAAAAACUAGUAGUACAACUUACACCUGUAGCUAUGGAGCAGGAGCCAUCCUCUGUGCCCCCGAAAACUGAGGAAGGCCUCCACAAGAAAGAUAAGAAGUCAAAGGAAAAACAUAUAUCAGAAGAUGAAGAAACUAGCAAGUUGAGCAAUGACAAUUCCAGUGCAUCUCUGUACCUAGAAGAAGAACAGGGCAAUAGACGAUCUCCUCGUGUGAAGACUACCCCUUUGCGCCGACCAAGUGAUGUGAAAACCAAAACAUCUCUGUCAGCAGGAGACAGUGACUCUGACUCUGACACUGGGGAGACCCCCAACACAGUGCCUGCUAAAAACACCGAAGAACAAAGUCUGAGCAGGACAAGAGAUGACUCUGAUUCGGAUGAAGUCCCUGCUGCUCUCCUUGAGCGUGCAGCAAUGACACAAAGCUCAGAUGAAUCCCAGAGUGAUGAGGAUGGUGGUAAAACCUCACCAAAUAAAGUGGCGAAGAAAUGUCUCUUUUGGCUUAAUAAGAAUACCCCAAUCUCACCAGAGAAGAUCAGGCGAAAACGAAAGAUAUUGGACCGCACCCCGGAGACCGACUCAAGUAACAGAAAAAUCAGUGCUCGACGGGAAAGCGGCACAGAUUCCUCAAGCGAUGAUCAAGAUUCACAAAAGAAAAUACAACACCUAAAUACGCUGAGGUCAAUAGGGAAGCCCCACCUUGUCAAAAGAGAAGAGGAUGGAGUGUCUAGAAAGCGAAGUAGGCUUCAAGCUGAAGAGACUAAGACUACAUCUCAUCAGGAAGCAAUGGAGUCAUUGUCCUCAUCAAGUGAAGACGAACCUGACGUUGAGUCUGGGAGUGAUGGAAGUGAUCAGAAGAUGAAGCCAAUCACAGAAGAUGUGGCCUUACUAGGAGCAGCUGCAUUCCACCAAUCGUCAGGAGAUGAGGAGCAGUCUGGGCCCUCAUGGGCAGCAGAAGAUGACGAUGAUCCAGAAAAUAGAAUCGCUAAGAAAUUGCUUUUGGCCCAAAUUAAAUCCAACUACUCUUCGGGUGACGAUAUCCCUUCAGAUGAAGAAACACAGGAGGAUGAAUCUGAUUCAGUGAGCGACGAGAUCAAACGAGGCAAUGAGGACAAUGGAACAGAUGAAGAUGGAGAAGACUUGACCUCAGAAUCAUCUGACAGCACAUCCGAUGGCCCAAUCUACAGGCACCACCUUCUCCACCACAAACUUACCUUAGAUGAGGAAACAUCACAAGACAAAUCUGUGCCAAAGAGUGAAGUAGGAAAAUGGGAGCGGAAAAGAGGAGUCAAUAAAGAACAUCAGAGCUCUGUUAGUGAAAAUGAGGCCGACAGUAGUGCGUUGGAUGAAGAUGCUGGGAUGAGUGAGGAGCUGAGUGAGUCGGAUGACGAGGCUGAUGAUGGGUUUGAAAGCUCCAGAGCAAACACUAAGGGGAUGGAUGAGCUUCAUAGUUGCGAAAAGAAGAAACAAGUGCCUUGCAUUUUGUUAUCUGACUCCAGCAGUGAAAAGAGUGAUCAAGAGGAUGCAUCUGAGCAGACCAGCGACAUUAAAGGCACCCCAAAACAACGCAAAAAGAUUCGCAAAAUCAUUGAAGAUGCAAACCUUUGUGCCGAGACCCAGGAAGCCUUGAGAGAGGAGGAGGAGAGAUGCAAACGUUUGGCAAAUAGGGAUCAACAGAUGGAAGACAGGAGAGAGAUAAUUGUUAUAGAGGAUGAGCUGUCUCAAGUGGCAUGUCCCAUCACAACCAAGCUGGUCCUGGAUCAGGAUGAGGAGACCAAGAAGUCUCUUGUUCAGGUGCACAGGAACCUGGUGACAAGACUGAAGCCUCAUCAGGUGGACGGUGUCCAGUUUAUUUGGGAUAGUUGUUGUGAGUCUGUGAAGAAGGCCAACUCUUCUCCUGGAUCAGGCUGUAUACUGGCGCACUGCAUGGGCCUAGGAAAGACUCUGCAGGUGGUAGCAUUCCUCCACACGGUGUUGCUGUCAGCAGAACUGAAAUUCAGAACAGCUCUGGUCGUGUGUCCACUUAAUACCAUCCUCAACUGGGUCAGUGAGUUCAAGAAAUGGCAAGACAACAUGGGAGAAGAUAAAGUCAAGGUGACAGAACUGGCUACAAUAAAAAAUCCCCCAGAACGACUCAGAGCUCUGCAGAGGUGGCAGAGAGAGGGAGGUGUUAUGAUAAUGGGGUAUGAAUUGUACCGCAUCCUGUCACUAGGAUAUAAAAUCAACAAUGAAGAGUGGAAAAAAGAGUUGAAGCGCACGCUGGUGAAUCCAGGUCCCGACUUUGUGGUUUGUGAUGAGGGGCACAUCCUGCGUAAUGAUGCAUCUAAUAUCUCCAAAGCUAUGAAUAUCAUCAGGACACAAAGAAGAGUGGUGCUGACUGGAACGCCACUGCAGAACAACCUUGUGGAGUACCACUGCAUGGUCAGUUUCAUCAAGAAGAACCUUCUGGGCUCACUGGGUGAAUUCAGAAACCGCUUCAUAAACCCCAUACAGAACGGCCAGUGUGCUGACUCCACCCCAAAAGAUGUCAGAAUCAUGAAGAAGCGAGCACAUGUACUGCAUGCAAUGUUGGAUGGAUGUGUGCAGAGAAGAGAUUACUCAGAGCUUAGACAAUUUCUGCCUCCAAAAUAUGAGUAUGUGCUGGCAGUGCGGGUUUCCCCACUUCAGUGUAAGCUAUACCGCUACUACCUUGACCAUUUCACGGGUGUGGGCUCCUUAACUAACAGCACAAAGAUGAGGCCUGGAGCAAACCUGUUUAAAGACUUUCAGGUCCUCAGCCGAAUUUGGACUCAUCCGUGGUGCCUUCAGCUCAGCUACAUGAGCAAUGAGAAAACGGGAUAUUUUGCAAAGAAGAGUAAAAGCAAAGCAGCAGCUCUGGUGAACGAUGCAGAAACCCCUGUGGCUAACACUGAGGGAGGACUAAAAGAGAACAAAGGACAAGAGGGGAAUAACAGUCACAACAGUACAGAGCUUAUCAACAAUUCCAAAGCUGCCCCAGCAGUGGAAGGAGAGAAAGAACUCAUCGGCUUGACGUCUCAGAGUCCUGAUGAGGGCUGGUACAGGAAUCUUCUGCCUGGAAGUGACGCCAAAGUUCUGGAGCACUCUGGGAAGAUGGUGCUUUUGUUUGAGAUCCUCAGAAUGGCUGAAGACCUGGAGGAUAAAGUGAUUGUGUUCAGUCAAUCCUUGAUCUCCUUAGACCUGAUUGAGGAGUUCCUCGCAGAUUCUCACCGUGCCAGAGACCCAUCAGCAUUGAAAGCAGGCUGCUGGAUUAAAAAUGUUGAUUAUUACCGCCUCGAUGGUUCCACCAGUGCGAUACUCAGGAAGAAAUGGGCAGAUCAGUUUAACAAUGCUGCCAAUGUUCGUGGCCGAUUGUUUCUCAUCUCAACGAGAGCGGGCUCACUUGGCAUCAACCUUGUGGCUGCUAACAGGGUUGUCAUCUUUGAUGCUUCAUGGAAUCCCUCGUAUGACAUCCAGAGCAUAUACAGAGUGUACCGCUUUGGUCAGCUGAAACAGGUGUUUGUGUACCGUUUCUUGGCCCAGGGCACCAUGGAGGAAAAAAUCUACGAUCGUCAGGUGACCAAGCAGUCUCUGUCUUACCGAGUAGUGGAUCAGCAGCAGAUUGAGAGGCACUUCACUUUUCAUGAACUGACUGAACUUUACACAUUUGAUCCAGACCUGCUCAGUGAUCCAAACUCUAAGAAGAGCAAGAGACCAGUUUCUGUGGUGCCAAAGGAUACAAUUCUGGCACAGCUGUUACAAACCUGCAAAGACCACAUAGUGUCUUAUCAUGAGCACGAAUCCCUGCUGGACCAUAAACAAGAGGAGGAGCUCAGUGAGGCAGAACGCAAAGCUGCUUGGGCUGAGUAUGAAGCGGAGUCACACCCAGCCAGUGUUCCAGCGAGCUCUCACCAGGAUAAUUUGGAUUUGAAGACCAAUGAAGAGCUAUUGGAAAUGCUUAACAAAAGCAGAACAACGGUUUCAUUUACCUUCCUGGCACUGCAGAAAAUGAGGUCUCAUGCUGUUGAGGACUACAUGUUGCUAGUGCGGCAGCAGUACCCCCACUUACCUGAGGUGGAGGUAAAGAGCAAAGCUGUGAUCUGGAGACAAUAUGACCUGAAGAGGCAGGCGCAUAUAAAAGCCAUUUAUCGAGAUUCUCUUGAACAGCAACAAUCUCUCACCCUCAGAAUUCAUGGAAUACUGAACGGUCGAAGAAACACUGUGAUGCAGACGACUGCGACUGUGCAGCAGCCUGGACAGACCUGAGCAAUAGUGUUGUUAUAGGAGGAGAAAGUGGUGGUUUUAUUCCUCUUCACAUUAUCAGGGCCUUAUUUUGUCUCUGCUGUCCCAGAGAACUAAAUGUUUUACAAGAGUAGUGUGCACGGAGCUUCCAAAGCGUUUACACAAUACAGCAGCACUGUGUCAGUUUGGUUUAGCACUUUAACUUUCAUAGGAAAUGUCAUCUUUUGCUGAUGUAUUUUAUUGUGAGGUUGCAGGAACUGGGUGGUUGUUUGGCUGCCUCAUACCAAAAGCAAACAAUUUAACACUGAAUUGUACGUCUUAAUCCUUGACCUGCUGAUUGUAUAACUUUUAUGACUUAAGGUGGACCCAGUAUCUUUAUCUUCUGUCAUAUAUAUACUGAUGAUUAUUCAUAUUAAUUAAUGUCUAAUAAUGUAAUAAAAUUCUUUUUUUUCCUACUAUUGACUAUGCAUGAUAGUAUUCCUAUCAGUGUCUUCUCAUGCAUACAACCCUGACUGCUGUUUAAACCUUCUGUUUGUUUGCAAGGGAACCAAUCAGAAGAAAGUAGGCUUAAAGGGUGAAGGCAGCCAAAGGGUUUGUUUCAGAGGAUGAUCUGAGGCGUGGAACCAAGGCCCAGAAUUGGGCAAAUAAGGAUUAUUUUGAAGUUAUACU